AUCAUGUGACUCUGUCGUAAACAGGAAGCAGCUGAUCUGCCUUCACUGCCUUCCUCUACCAAGUAAUGUAUACAACUGUCCUCCUAAUCUCAAAUAGUAGUCAUCUGAAAGUGAUUUGUUUUUAGUUAACCAGUCUACCCUGCCGUGCUCCAGGAGAUCUGCUGCAGGCUCUAAAGUCACCCGACUUAAAGCUCAGAGAAAUACUCUACAUCGUGUCUGUUGAGGGGGAUGUCAAGCACAGCCAUGAAGAAAAAGGUGUUACUGAUGGGGAAAAGUGGUUCCGGGAAGACAAGUAUGAGAUCAAUCAUAUUUGCCAAUUACAUAGCUCGAGACACACGCCGACUCGGAGCUACAAUUGACGUGGAGCACUCCCAUGUACGGUUUCUUGGCAAUCUGGUUUUGAACCUGUGGGACUGUGGAGGACAGGACACAUUCAUGGAGAACUACUUCACCAGCCAGAGGGACAACAUCUUCAGAAAUGUAGAGGUGCUUAUUUAUGUUUUCGACGUCGAGAGUCGUGAGCUGGAGAAAGACAUGCACUACUACCAGUCGUGUCUGGAAGCCAUCCUGCAAAACUCCCCCGACGCUAAGGUGUUUUGCCUCGUCCACAAAAUGGAUCUGGUGCAGGAGGACCAGAGGGAUCUGAUCUUUAAGGAGCGUGAAGAAGACCUGAAGAGGCUGUCCAGACCUCUGGCUUGCACGUGCUUUAGGACAUCAAUCUGGGACGAAACCCUGUAUAAGGCCUGGUCUAGCAUCGUAUACCAGCUCAUCCCGAACGUCCAGCAGCUGGAGACAAACCUGAGAAACUUUGCUCAGAUCAUAGAGGCGGAUGAAGUUCUUCUGUUUGAGAGAGCCACCUUCCUGGUGAUCUCCCACUACCAGUGCAAAGAGCAGCGCGAUGCCCACAGGUUUGAGAAGAUCAGUAACAUUAUCAAACAGUUCAAACUCAGCUGUAGUAAACUUGCAGCCUCUUUCCAAAGCAUGGAAGUGAGGAACUCCAAUUUUGCGGCCUUCAUUGACGUCUUCACCUCCAACACAUAUGUCAUGGUCAUCAUGUCUGACCCCUCCAUUCCAUCUGCAGCCACUCUCAUCAAUAUCCGUAAUGCUAGGAAACAUUUUGAGAAGUUGGAGCGGGUUGAUGGACCCAAGCACAGCCUGCACAUGCGGAUGCGCUAGCCGGUGCGUUUUGUCCCGGUGGAUACUCUCAGCCAAUCAGUCGACAGAAAGACCGCAACGCGCCGUGUGCUGUCUUCUAGCGCCAAGACACAGGAGCAGCCCCGCACUGUUUCCUCUAUAUCUUCACAUUCAAUCACAAUUAUUACUGGAGAAAUCAUGUUUCCUUUUUUGGCCUAAUUUCUACAACGAUAAUAAUUAUUCAGUUGGAUAUAUUUCCCCUAACUCGACGCAUUAAAGUAAAAGUGAUUGUUUUGUUUACUUUAAAGGGGGGGGCUACCUUUGCUGUCACACUUUGUCUUAUCCUGCAGUGGAUUCAUUUACUCCUUCAGGUGAAUCCCAGUGAUGGGGGAUGUUCUCUCCAAAUGCUCAUGUUUCAUUUUCAAAUGCAGUUUGUAAGCUGUUACACUUUGAAAGUACAAACAAUAUAGUUAUAUACUGAAAAAUG